CAGGCCUGGGAGGCUGGAGGGUUGGCCGAGUAACCCGAGCUCGCUGUGCUGAGCUGAGGCGGACGGGGCCCCAAAACGGGGCGGGGAGAGAGGCCGAGCCGGAGCCCAGGGAGGGAGAGAGACGCUGCCCUGGCUGCCGAGGAAGAAAGGAAGGAGGCAGGCGUGGAGGAGAGAAGGAAGGGAGGGCAGCCUUCCAGAGAGACCCGCAGAGAAGGAGGAGAAGAGGAGGAGGAGGGAAGAAGAAGAAAGAGGGAGAGGAGAGGAGAAGGGAGAGACAGAGGAGAGAAAGAGGGAGAGGGAAACCAUCCCCGAAUCCCACCCCAAACCCCAGCCAUCUCUGCAUUCCUCUUCCCUGCCCACUUUCCCUCUUAGGAAGCCGGUCUGCAACGUGCUUGGGCUUCUGCUGAGAGUCUUUGGAGGAGGAGGAGGAGGAAGGGAAGAAGCCUUGGCUGCCUCUUCUGCCCAAACUUUGAGAGAGGGGAAGAGAUGGGGGUCUCCGGGGACGUCCAAUAGCUAGUAGGAAGAGAUGGUGCUUCUGCGUCCCCAUUGCUCCCCUUCCUUGGCUUCCAGUUAGCCCCAUUUGUGGGGCUGAGAAGAGAAAAAGAAGAGCCUCCUUUUGCUCGCUGGGACCGACUCUACGGCGGAUAACAUGCACGUAUCACUAGCAGAAGCCCUAGAGGUUCGUGGGGGACCGUUGCAAGAGGAGGAGAUAUGGGCUGUAUUGAAUCAGAGUGCUGAAAGUCUUCAGGAGUUGUUCCGAAAAGCUGAUCCAACUGCCCUGGGGUUCAUCAUUUCUCCGUGGUCUCUUCUGCUGCUUCCAUCAGGCAGUGUCUCAUUUACAGAUGAAAAUGUCUCCAACCAAGACCUGCGGGCUUUCACAGCACCAGAGGUGCUCCAAAAUCAAUCACUGUCAUCUCUUUCGGAUGUUGAAAAGAUCCACAUUUAUUCCCUCGGAAUGACGCUAUAUUGGGGAGCUGACUAUGAUGUUCCUCAAAGUCAACCCAUCAGACUUGGGGAUCAUUUAAACAGCAUACUGCUUGGAAUGUGUGAAGACAUUGUUUAUGCCCGUGUGUCCGUGCGGACGGUUUUGGAUGCCUGCAGCGCUCAUGUACGAAACAGUAACUGUGCACCCUCCUUCUCAUAUGUGAAACAGUUGGUGAAACUCGUUCUGGGGAACGUCUCUGGGGUAGAUCAACUUUCCUGCAUCGGGGAUAGAAACCUUCAGACUGACAGGAGCCAGGCCAUUCGGGAGAGGCUGAGAGGGAAAGGGCUUCCCACAGGAAGAACUUUAAUGACUGAUGCCCGAGAUGGUCGCAAGGCCCCAGUCUCUCAACUGUCUCUCAACAAAGGGCUUAGUAAAUCAAUGGGAUUCUUGUCUGUUAGAGGUUCACAAGGUGAAGAAGAAUUCUACCAGGGCAUUUCUUCCAAUUACAACUCCGGCCAUGAAGAUGACACAAAUACUUACUGUUCAUACCGGUGUAGAGCUGAUGAUUUGGAAAGGAAAACUGAUGUUGGCCCCAAGCGGAAGGUCUGGGCCUCCUCCUCAGAUCUGCUUUCCACAGCUGACAAAGUCACAGAGAGAGACUGUCCUGGGAAUUCCUGCAAGCACUAUCAUCAUGCAGGGACGGUUUCAGUACGGACUUCAACUGCUAGAAACAAGGAGGGCAGAUACUCAGAUGGAAGCAUAGCCCUUGAUAUAUUUGGCCCUCAAAAACUAGAUCAGUUGCGCCAUGGGCCAGAGACCUCUGUGGCUGCAGCUUUGUCAAAUGCUUUCGACAGGAUCAAAGAGCGGCAGAGGAAGCUGCAGUUGCUGAGGGAAGCCAUGAAUGUAGAAGACAAUGUUCGAAGAUAUAAAUCUUAUCACAGUGACAUAUACAGCACAGACAGUGAAAGUCCAUCCUUUAUGUCUUCUGAGGCUGAUUUCCGGCAAGCGAGGAGGUUUGAAGCACUGAGGGAUGACUCCAGUGGUCGUCUCCAAAGAGAAGAUGAUCCCUCUCCAUUAGGUCGACUUCAGGGACAAAGAUCAAGGCAAUACGAAACUCCACUGGAAGGCAACCACUUGAGCCAAGAAGUGAUGCUGAAGCGCCAGGAAGAGGAGAUGAUGCAGCUGCAAGCUAAAAUGGCCCUCAGACAGUCUCGACUAAGCCUGUAUCCUGGAGAAACACUGAGGCCAUCAGUACUUGAUAUGACAAGGGAUCCUCUCAGAGAGAUCGCAUUGGAAACAGCCAUGACCCAAAGGAAACUAAGGAAUUUCUUUGGCCCUGAAUUUGUGAAAACAACAAUUGAGCCAUUUACUUCCUUGGACCUGCCAAAGUCAAUUUUGAACAAGAAAGGAAAGAACGAAGAUACUCGGCGGAAAGUGAAUGUCAUGUUUUUAAGUGGCCAGAGGCUAGAACUCACCUGUGAUACCAAGACUGUAUGCAAAGAUGUGUUUGACAUGGUGGUAGCCCAUAUUGGCUUAGUGGAGCAUCACUUGUUUGGCUUGGCCACUUUUAAAGACAAUGAAUUUUUCUUUAUUGAUCCGGAGCUGAAAUUGACUAAAGUAGCUCCUGAGGGAUGGAAAGAAGAACCAAAGAAAAAGAGCAAAAAUGCAAUAAAUUUCACCUUGUUCUUCCGAAUUAAGUUCUUUGUGGAUGAUAUUAGCUUGAUACAACAUACUCUGACAUGUCAUCAGUAUUACCUGCAGUUAAGGAAAGAUAUCUUGGAGGAGAAGAUUCAUUGUGAUGAUGAAACAGCCUUAUUACUUGCCUCUCUGGCCCUGCAAGCAGAAUAUGGCGAUUACCAACCUGAAGUGCAUGGCCUGUCUUAUUUCAGAACGGAACACUAUUUGCCAGCGAGAGUGAUAGAAAACGUGGACCUUUCUAAUGUCAAAGAAGAGUUGCCAAAACUUCAUAGCACUUAUGCUGGAGCUUCUGAAAAAGAGGCUGAAUUGGAAUUUCUUAAGAUUUGCCAGAGGCUGACAGAGUAUGGCGUUCAUUUUCAUCGUGUGUUGCCAGAAAAAAAAUCUCAGACGGGAAUUCUCCUGGGCAUUUGCCCCAAAGGAGUCCUCAUUUUUGAGGUUCAGAAUGGAACCCGUACACCUGUCCUGCGUUUCCCAUGGAGAGAAACAAAGAAAAUAUCCUUUAGUAAGCGGAAGAUAACCUUGCAGAACACAUCUGAUGGUAUAAAACAUGCAUUCCAAACAGACACAAGCAAAACCUGUCAGUACUUGCUGCAGCUCUGCUCUUCACAACAUAAAUUCCAGCUCCAGAUGAGAGCCAGGCAAAAUAACCAGGAUGCUCAGGAAAUUGAGAGAGCAUCAUUCAGAAGUCUGAACCUCCACACGGAUUCUGUUAAGGGGUUUAACAUGGGGCGUGCCAUCAGCACAGGCAGUCUCGCCAGCAGCACAUUGAACAGACUUGCGGUACGGCCACUGUCGGUGCAAGCUGAGAUCCUCAAGAGACUCUCCUACUCUGAACUGUCCCUCCUUCAGCCUGGCCAAGGCUGUCCCAGAGACCAAAGUGAGAAGUCACCAUGGGAGGAAAAACCCAAAAUAAUGAGCAAAUCCUUUCAUGACCUGACACAAACUCAGGUGUCAGUCAGCCCAUUUCGGAAGAACAUUGCCAGCCCCAGAGAUUCCACUUCGCGAAGAGUGGAGGAACUGAUGGGGAAGAUCUUCCAACAGGUGCCAAAAUCGGAUACAGAAUCAGUAACUGGGGGAGCAAAGCUUAACAAUUCAUACUGCCAUGCAGGUUUAAGUGCCAGCCUAGAAAGGAGGAAAAACGAAUCAGACUCUUCAUCUGCUGAAGAUACUGGCCAAGUCUAUGUUGUAGAUACUCCACAUAUAAGACAGAAUGCAAUGUUUAAGCCAGAAAGAGAAAUCAACUUGGUAAACUUGAAAAAAGAUGAAAAAUAUGGUUUAGGGUUUCAAAUCACUGGUGGGGAGAAGACUGGAAAACUGGAUCUUGGCAUUUUUAUUCAUUCCAUAACACCUGGAGGACCAGCUGAUUUGGAGGGAUCGCUAAAACCAGGAGAUCGCUUGAUAUCAGUGAACAAUGUAAGCUUGGAAGGGGUGAGCCAUCACACAGCAUUAGAAAUUAUGGAACAUGCUCCAGAAGAUGUGACUCUUGUCAUUUCACAACCUAAGGAAGGUCCUAUCAAAGUGUCACCCAGUCUCCUAAAUGGCAUGAAGGGUUAUUUAAAGAGGCCUUCGCUCAUACCAGACAAUGAGGCAGAGUCAUCUUCAGAGGAGCACAACCGGCUACUUGGCCACCAGAAGCCUACAUCUGGGAACUUAUCUGGCCUCUGCUCAAGCAAAUGGGAUGGCAGUCUGAGCUCCCAAGACUCCAGGACUGAAAGUGCCAGCCUGUCCCAGAGCCAAACAAAUGGUGGAUUACUUGGCAACCAUAUCAGUGUCCGAGCCCAGCAGGAGUUUCAACAUUGCAACAAUUCUCAGCUUUCCCUUCUCAAAUGCAAGGAAAGAAAUGGCUCUUCUUUGGAGGUGAAUCUAAUAAAGCCCCAAAAGUCUGGGAUACAGGAAACCCCUGAGUAUUCUGACCGAGGAGAUUCGGACAUGGAUGAAGCCACUUACUCCGGUGGUCAUGAGCAAGCAGCAGCAGCCAGCAAAAAGGAGCCUUCCUUCCUGAAUUUGGCCAACUCAAUGCAUUCUAAAAAGUUUUCUACACCUCCUCUUAAACCCGGAGAUAUCUUUGAAGUCGAACUGGUCAAAAAUGAUAACGGCUUGGGAAUAAGUGUCACGGUACUGUUUGACAAGGGUGGCGUGAACACCAAUGUGAGACAUGGAGGUCUUUAUGUCAAAGCUAUUAUUCCAAAAGGAGCUGCUGAAGCUGAUGGCAGGAUUCAAAAAGGUGACCGUGUACUCUCUGUCAAUGGAAUUACUUUGGAAGGCGCCACUCAUAAAGAAGCUGUGGAAAUCCUGAGGAAUACUGGCCAGGAAGUUCAUUUGGUGUUAGAAAAGGGGCAGCACGCAGCAGCCAGAGUCCAUGCUCCAGUUACACCUCAGUGCACACCUCCGAACCCAACCAGCCAUGGAGGAACCCCAGAGAGACCUGUCAAGAAGACAUUAAGUGCCAGAGAGUACAGCUUUGUCACUGAUGAAAACACAUUUGAGGUGAAGCUCGUGAAGAACAGCUCAGGACUGGGUUUCAGUUUCUGCCGUGAAGACAGUGUUUCUCCUGAGCAGCCAGGUUCCAGCAUAGUCAGAGUCAAAAAGCUCUUCCCAGGGCAACCUGCGGCAGAAAGUGGACAGAUCGAGGUUGGAGAUGUCAUCUUGAAAGUCAAUGGUUCUUCCUUAAAAGGACUAUCCCAGCAGGAAGUCAUCUCUGCUCUCAGGGGAACAUCUCCAGAAGUUACUCUUCUCCUCUGCAGACCACUCCCUGGAAUAUUACCAGAAAUUGACCCUUCUUUAUUGACCCCCAUCCAUUCCCCAUCCCAGAUUUUCCCUGACAUCUGCAAAGGAAAUGCUCAGUCAUCUCAUGGAGAUCACGAUGAGAGCUCUGAUGAUAAUGAAGCCACAGAUAAAAACAAAAAGCAGAACAAGUCCCUCUCCCGGAGAGACAGCUACAGUGACAGCAGCGGGAGUGGAGGGGAAGAGCUUCUGGCAAACACAACUGAUAUAGCAAGCGAGAAAUGGAGCUCCGCUUUGUACCAAACUCCAAUCAAACCAGCAGCUCAAGCACAUAGCCCUUAUGAAAUAUCUUGCAACCAUGAUGAAGCCCUUCGCACAUUAUAUCAUUCUUCUCAUGAGUCACCUGGGAAACCAGAAAUGGAGAACAGUAAUCCUCCUUCUCCCCUGCUGAUGGAUUUGCCACCAAUUGCAAACUGCAGAACCAUCACAUCUGGUUCAACGGAGGAGAAAUACAGUUGUUCUGUCUCUGAACUCCCAGCACCACAGAGAGGCCUGACAUCACUUUUUAACCAACUUGAAAAACAUGUGGAUGAAUAUGAACCAGAGGUGGAGCUCCACGUUAUCCUGACUAAGUCCGAAAAGGGCAGCCUUGGUUUCACAGUGACCAAAGGCAGUGACAGUAUUGGCUGUUUCAUUCAUGAUGUCCUUCAAGACCCUGCCAAAAGUGAUGGGAGAUUACGACCUGGAGACCGCCUGAUCAAGGUUAAUGAUACAGAUGUCACUAACAUGAGCCACACAGAUGCUGUCAGUUUCCUCCGAGCAGCUCCAAAGAUGGUCAGGCUGGUGCUUGGACGAGUUUUGGAGCUACCCAAAAUACCCAUGAUGCCACACCUGCUGCCUGACAUUGACUUAACUUGCCAUAAAGAACAACAACUGGGCAUCUCCCUUGCAGGUGGUCAUGACAGUAUUUAUCAGGUGGUAUACAUUUGUGAUAUCAGUCCCAAAUCUGCAGCAGACUUGGAGGGAUCUCUUCAUACCUUGGAUGUCAUCCAUUAUAUUAAUGGGUUCAGCACUCAGGGAAUGACUUUGAAGGAAGCAAAGAGAACACUGGAGAUGUCCCUUCCAACAGUGAUACUGAAAGCAACAAGAGAUGGUCAUCCAGUGUUUCCAAGAACUAAAGAUCCCAAUAACCCUAGCAUGAGAUCAAUCAAACAUAAUGGUCAUUUUCUUGGAGAAACAUAUGGCAAAUCAGAAAUAGAACAUGAUGCAUAUGUACCCAAGAUUAAUGGUGAAAUGAACAAUAAUCACCAGGGAAAAGGCCCAGCGCAUGUCACAAUUUCUCAAGAGACGUCCUUAUGCAAUGCUACCAGUCAGAACCCUGACUUUUCCAAGUACAGUAAUAACUCAGUGGAACUACAAGAUGAAGAUUCCUAUGAUGAGGAUGAUCACAAUGAAGUCAUUCAGUACCUUUUAGAUGUAGUAGAUGAAGAAGCCCAAAACCUGCUGAAUCGUAGCAAUGCCACAUCUGGGAACCACCUGCCAGAAACAAAUGGGAAAGUUUCAGAAGAGAAAUCAGAAGACACUGAUUGUGAUGGGUCUUCAUUGCCUGAGGACUUCCCAGAGCCUCCUCAGCUGAAUGGCUGUGAAGAUCAUAGCAAUGACAGAAAACCUUCUGAAAGAUUACCUCACCAGCCUCUGAUGGGUCAGGGAGAUGAUGAUGAGAUUACGUGGGGAAGUGAUGAAUUGCCAAUAGAAUCAAUAAACCAGGAGUCCUCUGUAGAAGUCACAAGUGAGGAGUUUCCUGCUCUCCCCAUCGUUCAAGUGCUUCCUUCGGGCAAAUACACAGGGUCCAAAUUAAAGUCAGCUAUCCGGAUGCUUCGAGGUUUGUUGGAACAAGGAGUCCCUUCUAAGGAGAUUGAGAACCUUCAUGACUUAAAACCUUUGGAUCAGUGUCUAGUGGGCCAAACAAAGGAAAACCGAAAGAAGAACAGAUAUAAGAACAUAUUGCCCUAUGACACCACAAGAGUACCUCUAGGAGCUGAAGGUGGCUACAUCAAUGCCAGCUUUAUCCAGAUGCCAGUGGGAAGCAAGGAGUAUGUUUACAUCGCAUGUCAAGGACCCCUUCCCACUACUGUAGCAGACUUUUGGCAGAUGACUUGGGAACAAAACUGCACCAUCAUAGCCAUGAUGACCCAGGAAGUAGAAGGGGAAAAAGUCAAAUGUCAGCGAUAUUGGCCUGAAGCCCUUGGCAAAACCACUAUGAUCGGCGAUAGACUACGGCUCUCUCUUGUCAAGCUGCAACAGCAGAAAGGCUUCGUCAUUAGAGACAUGAAGCUCGAGGACAUUCAGACAGGUGAACUCCGGCGUAUUUCCCAUUUAAACUUCACUGCCUGGCCAGAUCAUGACACGCCAUCCCAACCAGAUGAUUUGCUCACAUUUAUAUCCUACAUGAGGCACAUCCACAAAUCAGGGCCCAUCAUCACUCAUUGCAGUGCUGGGAUUGGACGAUCAGGGACGCUUAUUUGCAUAGACGUAGUCUUGGGACUAAUCAGCCAAGAUCUUGAGUUUGACAUCUCUGACGUAGUGCGCACAAUGCGCCUGCAAAGACCUGGCAUGGUGCAAACCGCGGACCAGUACAUUUUCUGCUACCAAGUUAUUCUGUACAUCCUAAAACGUCUGCAAGCAGAAGAACAGCAAAUGACCAACUAGAAAUUUAAAGCUGCAUAUGCUUUAAAGGGGGCAAUGAGAGAAGAGGUUCCUGAAUUUGUUGGGCAUGCUUUCGUGCAAGGGGUUUAACAUUAAUGCUGCCUCCUUGGGAAACUGACUCUAUAAUGAAUGAUCAAUCAUACUGAGAAAAGAUGUUCAGCACAGUUGUCAAACUACAACUCCCACAUGUCUUUAUGGGAAGCCAUGGCAAUUAGACUGGUGUAACCCAACACUAAAUAUGUAGUGUAGAUUUUCCAUUGGUUCGCUUUGCCAAUAUAGUUCCACUUCUAUAAAGGAUCAAAUACCACUAUAACCCCUCCUCCCUUUGAAACAAUGGGAUCCUUGUGCACCAUUUAUAUUUAAUAGUGCUGCAUUUUUGCAGCUGUUUCAGACUCUGAUAAGCAAUUGGGAUUUUUAAGAAAAGGCUUUUAUAUUAUUUUUAAGAAGUAUUAAUGCCUUUUGCAGGUUCUUUCCUCACCUCCAUUAUAAUGUAUUUUAAUGCUGGGGGUUGGCUGGGAAAUAAGAACAGUAUUUUUUUCUGCUGAACUUUCUUACAGGUACGUUUUUAUUAGUCUGUUUUUAAAGUUUGUUUAUAGCAGAGCUGUCUUUUCACAGUAUUUUUAAUGCAAUAGAGCUUUUUAUAGAAAAUACUUGAAAUCAGUAUUUAAGCUUUAUGGGACGUCUUAUUAGUGUAAGGAAAAAUAGCAAACGUUUACUGUAUCACAAGUUACUAUGUUUACUUUAUAUAGAGUUGUGUGUAUAUAUUUAUAUACUUUUACCAAAAAUAUUGAAUUAUCAGAUGACUGAGCUUAUAACUGCUGAGGCAUCUCCACAAUGUAAAUAAAAGGACAC